AUGCCUCAGGAAGUCAGCGAUAUCAAGUCCUUCAUCGAGAUCUGCCGCCGCAAGGAUGCCUCCUCGGCGCGGAUAAAGAAGAACGUCAGCCAGACCAAGUUCAAGGUCCGCUGCAAGCGCUAUCUCUACACCCUCGUACUCAAGGACUCCGACAAGGCCGACAAGCUUAGGCAAUCACUUCCUCCAGGUCUUACCAUCAACGACACACCGAAGAAGAACGCCAAGGGCAAGCGUGUUGCAAAGUCAUAG